UGGGGUCUCCAAUGUCAUUGCCAUUAUCAUAGCCACUCUUGAUCGCAUCACACGGAAUCCAGCAAGUAUGCCUAGUUUCAAAGAUAAAGUUGUUAUUGUGACGGGUGCCAGUUCUGGUAUCGGAGCGGGCACGGCUGUCCUUCUGGCCAAACUUGGAGGUCUUUUGACGAUUGUGGGCCGAAAUGUCGACAAGCUCAAGGAGACAGCGGAUCAGAUUGUGGCAGCAGGAGGAGCUCCUGCCCUCCAGGUAGCCGCCGAUAUGAACAAGGAGUCGGAUGUCGCAGGCAUUGUGACUGAAACUCUGAAGAAGUACGGCCGGAUCGAUGUGCUGGUCAACAAUGCUGGAAUUCUGGAGCUGGGCACCAUUGAAAAUACCAGUCUGGAGCAGUACGAUCGUCUAAUGAACACCAAUGUUCGAGCCAUCUACCAGUUGACGAUGCUGGUCACCCCGGAACUGGUGAAGACCAAGGGCAACAUUGUCAACGUGUCCAGCGUGAAUGGCAUUCGCUCUUUUCCCGGUGUCUUGGCCUACAACGUCUCGAAAGCCGCCGUGGACCAGUUCACACGGUGCGUUGCCCUUGAACUGGCUCCCAAGGGUGUCCGGGUAAACUCUGUGAAUCCCGGUGUGAUUAUUACCGAGCUGCAGCGUCGUGGCGGCUUGAACGACGAAGCCUACUCCAAGUUUCUGGAGCAUGCCAAGGUGACCCAUGCUCUGGGACGACCCGGAGAGGUCAAGGAAGUAGCAGCCGCCAUAGCCUUCUUGGCCAGCGAAGAGGCCAGCUUUAGUACCGGUAUCAGCCUUCCUGUGGACGGAGGUCGCCAUGCCAUGUGUCCUAGAUAAUAACG